UUACGUGAAUUCGUGACGCCAUAAUCUCGCGUGAUUAGACCGGAGGCGUCGAGAUUUUCUGUCAGACAGGGGAAAGUAGCGAGCAAUUAGCAGCUUUGCAGGAAUGUAUGGGCUUAUUUUGCCCAAGAAACUUCUGCAGAAAAAUGUCACUAGGCCAAAGCAUUCAGCUUUUGCAGAUGACUCUGAUGACGAGACAUCUGUCGGAGAGAGCCUGCAGAAGGAAGCCGUAAAGAAACGUGUAAUGAAGCAGACCAAGCUUGAAAUCCAGAAAGCUCUUGAAGAAGAUGCCUCAGUAUAUGAGUAUGACAACGUCUAUGAUGAUAUGCAAAAGAAGAAGAAGGAGGAAACUGAAGCCAAGCUUGUGGCUGCGAAGGACAAAAAGCCCAAAUACAUCCAGAACCUGCUGAAGGCAGUGGAAGUUAGGAAAAAAGAGCAGGAGAGAAGAAUGGAAAAGAAAAUCCAGAAGGAACGGGAGAUGGAAGGGGAAGAGUAUCAGGAUAAGGAGGCAUUUGUGACAUCUGCAUACAAAAAAAGGCUACAAGAAAAGGCAGAUGAAGAAGAGAGGGAGAGGAGGGAAGCUGCCUUGGAGGCCUCCCUAGAUGUGACCAAACAAAAGGAUCUCAGUGGCUUUUAUAGGCACCUUUUAAAUCAAACUGUGGGUGAGGAGGAAAUGCCUGAAUGCAGUUUGCGUGAUGCUGGAAUGACGGACAAGUCUAGAGGUCAUUUAGAUGAGCCAAGACAAGAAACCUGCAAGGAAGAAAAGAGGAAAUCAGGAGGCAGUGCAAAUAUGGAGCAGAAUAUCGAUGCUGAUAGUGAUUUAGGGAGUGAGUCAAGUGAGGAAGAGGCUACACCUGAGAAGAAGGAAGAGGCUACACCUGAGAAGAAGGAAGAGGCUACACCUGAGAAGAAGGAAGAGGCUACACCUGAGAAGAAGGAAGAGGCUACACCUGAGAAGAAGGAAGAGGCUUCUAGAAGCAAGGCAGACCCCAAAAAGGAAUAUAAAUCAAAAAAACAGUUCAGGCAAAGGCAUUCAAGUUCCUCUAGUGAGGAAAUGGAUGGUCACAGACAUCAAAGAAAGAGAGAGAAGGAGGCAAGUAAUGAAGGCCGGUCAGAGAGAGACAGGUAUCAGAAAGAGCGGGACUAUUACCCUAGAGAAAAGAAGGGAGAGCAGGAAGAGAGGCAGAGACAUAGGGACCACAAAGACUGGCACAGAAAUAGAGAUGAACAGCAUCACAGGGUCAGGGAUAAAGAUAGAAAAGAAACAGAAUCCAGUUACAGAGAGUCUCGAAGAGGGGACUACAUAGACAAAUACAGGCAUGGGAAAGAGGAUCGGUACAGCGAACAUGACAGGGAUAGAGGAAAGAAGUACAGAGAUGCUGAAGAUGAUGGAAGGAGAAGGGAUCGGACAGACAAAGAAAAGCACAGGGAUAAGGAAGGAUGUGACCGACCAGAUAAAGACAAGAGACAUAAAGACAAAGAGGCGAGAAGCCCAUCAGGGUCAGAGACACGUGCCAAAGAGCACAGUGAGAGACGCUCCGAGCCUAAACGGAAGGAUGAGGAAGGGGUGAGAGAAGAAGAGACACCAAAAGAAACCUCCUCUUCAAGCACCAGCAAGUUUGCAAAGCGCAGCAACGAGGAGACUGUGGGCUCAGCCAGGGACCGGUAUCUUGCCAGGCAGAUGGCACGAGCUGGUACCAAGGCCCAUGUAGAGAAAGAGGAGGACUAACUAUUUGCCCAUCACACUUGUCAUGAAUGAGAUCUUUCCUAUUGCUAUGAUGGAAAAUACACUGGCCAGUUGGCUGAUAUAGUGCUUAUAGGUGCUUGUUUGGGAUGUUGUGGGAUAUAAUCAAAUCUCACUGUACCUGUUCUGCUCAGGAAUCUCUUCCAGCAACAUGUACUCAUACUACCAUGAGUGAACGUUUUACACAGCCGAAAGGAAGACUUGGUCUCCCUUUAAAUGCCUUUGCUGUGUUAAAGGGACAGUAUACACCCCUUUCCAACAGGAGCUGAAUAAUUAGGGCUUGUGUUGAACAUUUUACUUAUUGUUUUAAUUAAGAAAUAUCUAUGCUUUCUGUUAUUUCUGGUAAUGAACAGGAAUAUGGAGCCAGUUUCACUUUAGUACUUCCUCCAACAAAGUCAAAGGAGCUGAUAAAAUGGAUUACCAGCCCACCGAGAAGCCCCCGAUAAUGAGCUGUUUAAAUGCUGCUGCUUAGAUAAGGGAGGUGUUUGUUUAAAGAAAGGUAGAAAGAAAGAUCUGAACAGAUUUCUCUUUUUAUUAAGGUUUAGUGAACAUAGCCCAACUGACACAUUAGUGCUUUAUAAUGGCAAAAAAAUAGGAAAAUGUAGAUUAUUUAAAACAAUAGACAGAAUGUAAUUUCAGCACAAGUCCCAUUUAAUGUGUCCCUUUAACAUCCCCCCCCCCGUUUAAGAUGCAUGUUUUGCAUAAAGACACCUGGAAUUGAGGAGACUGCAUGGGAAGCAGAUGAAACUGUCUGCCCUAAAUAUUAGCUCUUGCUAAGAUGUUUUGUUUUUUUUUUAAACUGAUGUUCAUAAAUGAGUAUGUGUUAAAAUAUUGUGUUUCUUCUUUUGGUUUGGUUUAUGGUUUAUCAGUGCUCUGAAUGUGUGAGAUACCAUACAGCGCUCUCAGCCGUGGGCAGUAACACUACAUGGCAGCUGCUAUAUAGCUUCUGUGUAUUGUACAACUGCCACGGGAAUGGCAUAUAUCAAGCUGGAAGCUGACAAGAGAAACCACUCCAUGGCCAAAAGCAUGUGAACUUCUGUCUGUCCAACAUCCCAUUCCCAAACCAAAACUCUUAUGCAUUGCUUGGUGCUUUUCAUUAAAACUUACCAGGCAUGGUGACAGGCAUAUAGGCUGCCAGUUAACAAAAUACCCUGUGUGUCACAGCCCUAAUGGAAACUGCCUAACACUGCUAGUACAGGUUGAGGUGAAAAAACUCAUUUUUAGGCCAAGAAAAAUCAGUAGUUGCCAUGUCAGGCAGUUUCUAUAAACCUCAAUAGAAAGCGGUUGGCUUUAGGCGUUUCUUCAGCUUAGCUUCAGAAUGUCAGAUCCAACUUGUACAGUAAAGGCCUUGUAUAUCCCCAUAUUUAUUUACUAAAUUAUACCGUGAGAGGCAGAGGGUCCAGACACCCCAAAUACAUUAAAAACAGUAAGAGGCAGUUGGAACUUUAGCCCCAAAUGUAUGAUGUAGUGGCUUUUGUGUUCUGUUGGUGGCUGUGGCUUAAAUAUCCAAUUCCAGUAAUUAGAAGGGGGGUUGCCAUAUAGUGUGAGGCACUUUAAUACCAGACAUCAUAUCAAAGUAACAUUCAAAAUUGUUCCUUUGCUGCUGCGUCUGCUUGAUUAAAUGGAACCAGAGGCACAAAUUACAGCUUCUAGAUUGUUUCAUAGCAUAGCAUAAAAUUAUAGGGGAACAGUCACUACAAAAAUGUAAAAAUUUUUGCACCGCUUCAAAGUUAUGCUUAAUUAUUGAAGCAGCCUCCCAUCCCUCACCCUCCAGAGUCUCUGGCUCCCUGGUCUGCGUCAGUGACAGAGCAGAUUGAAAGCUGAUUUGCUAUGGCUUGUCAUUAGGCCACACCCCUUAACAGCAGCCUUAGCUCAGCUGCCACACGCAGAUACAAAUCUUACUUGUGUAUAAAAGAGACUUCCUCCAUACCAGUGAUAGUGACAUAUCAACUGCAGCAAUAUUACCGACCCCUGCACAGGCAACUGUGUGUGUACAGACACAUAGACUCCUGUAUAUUGGAAUCACAGACACCUCUCUCUGUCAGAGCUCUCCUAUAGACUGAUCAGCCAGGCUUUCAGGCUGUUUGAUUGGCCAGCUGAGUCUAAUUGGGCCCGCCUGGUCUGUUGCAUUUACUCUAUUACAGGGAUUGCUUAGCAACAGUGAUAGCCAGUCCAUGUAUUCUUAAGAAAUAGCCUUAUAUUCACAAACAGUAACCCAACUGAAGUGAACUAACUGAAGUAGCUUUAACUAAUAAUAUGAUAUUAUGUGUGGUGAUGCCACUGAAGCUCCGCCCACUGCUUAAGCCCUACUGUACCUAGAUGCACAUGCUUUUAAGGGAGAACUACAGCGCAACAAAUACUUUGUUUUGGGCCUCUGUACCAGUACAAGGCCAUGGGCGGAUACCUAUCUUUGAUACUGCAAAUUCCCACACAGAACACAAUAAAGGGACUGGAUUAUAUAUGUAGGUAUAUUUAUUAUGGUAUUACAUAUCUUACAGUUAACAAGUUACAAUACAAGGCACAUACUGAUGAUUUACAAUCGAUCUUAGAACAUUCAGAACUUGGUAUAGAUGCAUAAGUUAAUACAGAUACAUAAUAUACAGGUGAAGAAUAUAAUAUAAGUAUGUACAAUAGGACUCCAGUUACAUGCUCUACUAAAGCCUCAGCUAUUCUCAACCAACACAAAUACAUAUAUAUACUGACAGCUGGUAUCUGUGUGUGUGUAAACAAAAGAUGCCUUUGGAUGCAACACGUACACCAGCCCGAAAUAAUAGAACUAACUGAGCACUCAGCCUGUGCGCUCCAUAAUAAUAGCAAUAAGUCAUUUCAAUUGGUCAUUUUGUUUGCAGAUAUUGCCAUCCACUAUUCCUUCUGUAAUGCCUAACUAUAGUCUUUUUGGCUUUGGGCAGAGCAAGUGGUAUUGGUAAGUUCCCAGUGAUAGUCAGUGCUAUGUCUCAUGUAACUAGGAGAUGGAAUUGGAUUGUGGAGCAAUGAUUCAAGGCUUUGGUGCCUCAAGGAAUAAUCUUGUGCUGCUCUGUUCUACAUAAAUACAAUAGUGCUUGAUUAAAUUAAAGUCACAGGUU